UAUAAGUGGAGUAGUUCAGCAGAAGAGCGAAAAUGGCUGCUUGGACGAGAGCUAUUCGUACUAUUUCAAGAAAAUAUGCAACAUCCACUCAUGAACAUGCGAGCUCAGAGCAGACUGUACUGUUGUGGAAGAGGAUUUCCUUCUUUGUAGGCUUCCCAGCGAUAGGUCUGGCUAUGUUAAACUGCUACUUGAAUCAUCAGGCUCAUCAUCAUGACGAACCUCCAGAAUUUAUUGCAUAUGAUCACUUGAGGAUCAGAACCAAGAAGUUCCCAUGGGGUGAUGGUAAUCAUUCACUUUUCCAUAAUCCUAAAACAAAUCCUCUACCCGAAGGUUACGAACAAUAGAGGAUGAUUCUAGUUAGUUGUAUGUAUGUCUUCGCUUAAGGGGUUAUACCUAUCUAUGAGGUCGAAGAAAAAUCUCUCUAAUAUAAGAGAUAAAAAUAAAGGGAGUAAUAUAUAUGAGUGUUACAUGUAUCUGUAAUAGCAUUUAUUGUAAGAAUGGCACACAAGUAGCCUCUUAAGUUAAUAUUACAUGUAUUUGAUGUUUAUUUAAAACCGUUAUAUAAGACUUGACUUUUAAGUACACAUAAUCUUAUUGA